AUGGACUCAUUAUAAAUACAGAAGUAACUUAUGGUUGAGUAAUUGAAUAAGUUAGAAUACAUGGAUAAAAUCCUUCCAUUACACAAGGAUGAAGUUUAAGCAGAAAAGAAAUUGUAAGUUCAGAUCAAUAGUCUAAAUUUUAAAAGAAUAAUCGAAGGGUAGGAAAAUAAUAAAUUGAUGGCAGAAAUAGAAGAGUCAAAAUUAGAUGUACAAAAGAAUAGACAAAAAGCCUUUCAGAAAUAUUUUACUUCAUUUAUGACAGAGAAAUAACAAUAAGAUGUCAAUAUACUUGAAUUUAAUUAAAGUGAUUUUGAAGUUUUUCAAUAAUUAAAGGAGAGACAAAGAUAAUUGGCAUAGGAAGAUCUGACAAUAGCUAGAUAGAAGGAGAAAAGCAAUUAAAUAUUUGAAUAGAACCUAAUGAAGAAAUGGGAUAGAGUGAGGAAAAGUAGUAUAUUAAGUUAUUUUAAGAAUUACGUAUGAUUGGUAGAAUGAAAAGAUUAUAUGACGAAGUAAAAUUGUAUGGUACAAGCUGUAGAGUAGAGACUUCAAUAAAAAGACAUGAGGUUAUUUAGGAACUGGAAUAAAUGCUUAACAAACAGAAUUAAUAAAUAAGCAAACCAAUGCCACAGAAACACAGUAAAAUUAUAAUCUAUGAUUAUAUUAGAGCAUCUAUUCUUACCAGAUUCAAAAUUUAAGAAAUAUUGGCAAUAUGUUCUGAUGAUAUUAUUAAUUUACACAGCCUUUAUAACUCCAAUCCGUUUAGCAUUCAUAGAAGAAUUUAAUAUAAUAUGGUUUAGUUUGGAAUUAAUUGUAGAUAUAUUAUUUUUUUUGGACAUCUUAAUUACUUUUAAUACAGCUUAUUUUAAUGAAGAAGGAGUCCUUAUAGUUGAUCGUUAAUAAAUAGCAAAUUAGUAUUUAAGAACAUGGUUAAUAUUUGAUUUAAUGGCUAUAUUUCCAACUGAUUAAAUAUUUGAGAAUGAAGCUCAAAAGUUAUCCUAAUAUUUUAAGUAUGAAUAUUUAUUAAAGACAAUAUAAUAGAUUAACAAGAUUACCUAGGAUGUAUAAAUUGAUAAGUAUUAGCAGAAUGUGGUCAACUGUUUAAAAUUCAUAAAAUCAUAAUGAUUGUUUUUCAGCAAUUCAAGACUUGAUAAAUUUAAAUUCAACAACAGUUAGAGUACUCAAGUUUUUUGGUACUGUUCUUGUUUGUGUACAUAUAAUGGGUUGUCUUUGGUAUCUAGUUGCUAAAAUGAAUAAUUUUGGACCAAAUACUUGGGUAUAUGAAUUAGAUUUGCUCAGUAAAAGUGAAUAUGAAUUAUAUUUAACUUCUAUUUAUUGGGCUGUAGCUACUAUUUGUACAGUAGGAUUUGGUGAUAUCCAUGCUUUUAAUGAUAGUAAAAUAUAAAUUAUACAUAGCUGAAAGAAUUGUAUGUAUAUUUUGGAUGUUUUUUGGAGUUGGCUUCUAUUCAUUUACUGUUGGUUCCCUUUCCACUUUAAUGGGAACAUUGGAUACAAGAGAAUCUCAUCUACAAAGCAAGAUUACUUUUAUGGAUGAGUUUUGUGAAGAAACUAAAUUAUCAUUAUAAAUGAAACACAAAAUAAGAAAAGUUUUGGAAUACAAUUCAAUGAUAAAUAUAUUCUCAUCUGCUGAAGUAGAUGAGUUUCUAUCUGAAAUACCUACAAAUCUUAAAUAUUAAAUUGCCUAAGCAAUGUAUGCUGGUCUUAAAAAUAGAGUAUCAUUCUUCAAAAACAAAGAUUCAGUCUUUAUAUCUACUUUAAUUCCUAAAUUAUAGCCUUUAAAAAUUAAUGCUGGUGAAUUUGUAUAUAAUAAGGGAGAAUAUCCUAAUUAAGUGUAUUUCAUUGUAAAUGGAAGAGUAAAUAUGGUUAUUGGAGUAUAUUCAAUCACAUUUAAAACAUAUGUAACAGGUAGUUAUUUUGGUGAAAUUGAAAUAUUUGAUAAUAGUGCACGAUUUCAUUCAGCUAGAGCUGAAUUAGAAUGUGAAUUAUUGGCAAUUGAAUAGGAUGUAUUUAAAAAAAUAUUGCAAGCAUUUCCAGAAUAUUUUGAAGAAAUUAAAGCUAUUUCAUUAGAAAAAUUAAAAAGAGAAAAAGAUUCAAUUGAAAAAUUAUAAGAUUUAACUGGUUUAUCAUAAACAUCAGAAUUUUUUAACAAAAAGAGAACUCAAUCUAUAUAUAAAUCAAUUAAAUAAAGAGAAUCUGUUCAUUUCAUAGAAUAUAGUGAAGAAUCAGAAUAAGAUAUGAAAUCUAUGAGAUCAAGUAAAUUUGGUUUCUUUAAAAAGAAAACCAAUCAUUUAAUUCCUGAAGAAACUCUAACUACUAGAUUACAUACCUAAGAAGAUACUUCCCAAAAGAAUCUUGUUGUUUCAGAUAGUAGCCAAAAAAAAAAUGAAGAACCUGAAAAAUUAAUUACAUUAUCAAUUCCAGAUUAAUUAAAAAGAGAUAGUGAACAUAAAAUAAAAUUAUAUGGUGAAGUUCCUAUAGCAAUAUCUUAAUUUAAUGAAGAUCUUGAUUAGACUCAAUAAUCAAAAACUAAUCAAAGAAUCUAAAGUGAAGAACCAAACCGUCCUACUCAAACUAAAUAAGUUAGAUAUAUUAGUUAGAAUCUCAGAUGUAGUCCUAAAAGAAAAGAAUAACGAAAACCAUCUAUAUAGAUAUCUUCAACUAAUGAAAUUGCAGGUUCUGAUACUCCAUUAAUCUCUUCAGUAAGAUCUAAUUUUAUUAAACCUUCUAUUAAAAUUGAUGAGGUCUCUCAUGAAUCAGAAGGCUCAAAUAAAAACUCACCAAAUAUGUCCAUACAUCCCCAUACUGCAUUCUCUAAUGCUUAAUCUCCUUAAAAUUCACCUAGAAGAAAUUCAACUCAAUCUAAAUUCCCUAAACCUUCUCCUUUUCAAAAAUAAUAGUCAAUUUUCAAAAAUGUUAGUAAUCAAUAUAUUGAAGCAAGUAAACUUAAGAAUUUGCCUAGAUUAGGUGGAUUUAGAAGAACAUAUAGAAAAGAAAGAGAAAUUGAAGUCUUAGAGGAAACUAUUGAAAAUGAAGAUUACACUUAAUUACAAUAAAAAUUAGUUGAAUUAUUAGAGAAGAUUAAGAAAUAAAAAGAGCAAUAAAAAGUUAAAAAAUAAUAAAUCAAAUUCAACAUUAUAAAUCCAUUGCCUAAAAACAUUAAAUUUGAAUAAAAAGAUUCUAUAAGUAUUUCAGAUUUACCAAAUGUUGAAAAAUAAUAAUUAUCUUAAUAAGAUAGUAAUAGUAGUGGUAUAUUAGAAUGA